AUGUCGCACUCGCUGCAUCGUCCGCCCCUUACCACCACCACGACCGCGCCCUUUCACGGCCACACAUCCAUGGCGUCUGCACCUGCAAACGUCGACAUCAUCAACGUCCGCGCGGACAGGCGCCUUGCCGAUGGCGAGGACACCAUCCGCGCGCAGAUCUACUACCCCUUUUCCGCCGAAGAGGAGAUCCUCAAGACCCGUGCUGACGAAAUCGCGCGCGUCAUGCAUGCUGCCGACGGCGGCGAGGUCAAACUGACGAAGUCGUCGUCGAGCUCGGUGCUGGCACUCUCAGGCUUGGUUCCCCCCACAAUGGCAUCGCCGAUCACCUACUAUGCCCUCGAUCUACAGGAACGCGAGCUUGCUCGCACCCUGAAAGAACUAAACGCGUCCGACGUCGGCGCGCAAAUCAGCGGCAAGGGUGGCCUCGAGGGCCGCACUGGUGUCGACCGCGUCUCCGCGCGACUCUCCGAGCAGUACAAACUAGACAAGACAGGUCGGGACGUGUCGCCUAGUUCUGCCUCCGAAACCUCCUCUGGAAGAGGCAGCGACGAGACUGACGAAACUCCGCCGUCGACGCCCGGCGACCACUCGCCGCUGCACAUCCUAUUCUUAGGAUCGUCUCUGGGCAACUUUCCCCGAGGCGAUGACGCUGCGUUCUUGCAGUCCCUGCCGCUCCGCACCGGCUCCGGCGACACGCUGCUUCUCGGCUUGGAUCGUGACAACGACCCGAAGGAUAUUGAGACCGCGUACAAUGACCCACAGGGCGUCACCGAGGCUUUCAUCAUGAACGGCCUCAAGUGUGCUGGAAAAGCGCUAGGCGACGAAGGCUUGUUUGUCGAGAACAAGUGGGCAUACGUUGGCCGAUACAACAAAGACCAGCGCCGUCAUGAGGCAUUCUACAAGUCCCUCGAGGACCAGACCAUCAUCGACCCUGUCAGCAAAGCAGUCUACUCGUUCAAAGCAGACGAGCUCGUCAGUGUCGAGGUAUCACAUAAGACUGUUCAACGAAGCGAACCUGCGACCCAUUCAUCGCUGGACCGACAGCUCCUCGCGCUACUCCCUCUGGCUACUCGAGCGCCCUUCCUUCCUCUUCUCCCUUCUCUCACCGCCCGAGGCGGAGCGCUCCCGUUCAGCAUGCCGACGCUGGACGAGUGGCAGACGAUGUGGGCCGCGUGGGACUUCAUCACACAGCGGAUGAUCCCGCCGUCGAUGCUCUUCCAAAAGCCGAUCGACCUCAGGCACAUCUGCCUGUUCUAUAUGGGGCACAUCCCGACGUUCUUGUCGAUUCAUCUGUGUAGACUGCUCGGAGAGGCGGAUACAGAGCCUGCGCACUUCAAGUACAUAUUUGAACGAGGGAUCGACCCCAACGUGGACGACCCUACUCAGUGCCAUUCUCACUCAGAGGUUCCCACGCGCGACGAAGACUGGCCAUCUGUCGCCGACAUCCUUCAGUACCAGAGCAGGGUGCGGAAGCGGAUCAUCAAACUUUACGACGACUUCGAGUCCGGGUCGGUCGUCCUCACGAGGAAGAUUGCUCGCGUCAUGUUCAUGACUCUCGAGCACGAGGCGUUCCAUGCUGAGACGCUUCUCUACAUGCUGCUCCAGCGUGCCGGUACGGGUACGAUUCCUCCAAGCGGGUUCACUCCCCCCGCAUGGUCCACUCUCACCGACUCCUGGGACCGUGCUCCACACCCGAAGGAUCGCACUGUGAAGCUCGGACCGGCCACCAUCACGCUCGGGCAUGAUGAUGAUGAGGCGGAUGACGCCUCGACUGACGUCGCAACGCACGAGUUUGGGUGGGACAACGAGCAUCCGAAAAGGCAGGUCGAUGUUGGCGCGUUCAAGAUCGAGUGGCGCCCCGUGACGAACGGCGAGUUCUACGAGUACUAUGUUGACAAGGGCAAGGACGUGAUGAAGUUCCCCGCGAGCUGGGUCGAGAUCAAUGGCGAGGUUCAUGUCCGCACGCUGUAUGGUCCGGUUCCCAUCAAGGUUGCCUGGCACUGGCCCAUCAUCACCUCGUUCGAGAACUUGUCCACCUACGCGAGUGUGAAGGGCGGACGCAUCCCAACUGAGCCCGAGCUCCGCAUCUUCCUUGACAUGUUCGAGAGUGGCUAUGAGGGUGGUGCAAACGGCGACUAUGGGAGGGGAGCGAGACGGAGGAAGGGACACAAUGGGGGUGUGUUUGAGUGGACGUCGACUAUUCUUGAAAAGCAUGAAGGCUUUGUGCCGUCGCGCCUUUACCCUGGCUACUCCGUCGACUUCUUCGACGGACAUCACCAGGUUGUGAUCGGUGGCUCCUAUGCGACGAUCCCUCGGCUUGCGGAGCGCCGCACCUUGCGGAACUACUACCAGCACAACUACCCGUAUGCUUGGGUUGGCGCGCGUAUUGCGUAUGAUGUUUAA